GUUCCAUGGUAAAAGGGAUCUAAAUGGAACACCUACAGGGGAAGGAGGUCUCCUAUACGAGAAUAGAGAUACGUUCCAGGGAAUAUUCCUGGAUGGACUUAAGAACAGGAAUGGUGUUAUGACGUUUGCUCAAAGGCCUGAUGGCAUCGAAAGGAUUGAAGGUGAAUGGAAGAAUGGAUUCUUAAAUGGAGAGAUAAAAGCAAAUAUCAUCAAUACAGGCUGGAUAGAAGGAUAUUACAAAGACGGUGUGCCUCAUGGAUUUAGUCGAGAAUUUGGUCCCAAAAGUGCAGGGAAAAGUAUACUCAGGAUGGUUGGAAGACAUUACAAGGGAUUAAAACGUGGAAUCUGGUGGAAGGGAAUGUAUGAUAAUUCUGGUUGGGUGGUUGGUGAAGUAGAUGGGAAAGGAGAAUUUACAGGGCCCAAUAUUGCGUAUAUUUACCCUGAUAUGAAGAUGGUUAUAAGAGGAGAAUUCAAAAAUGAAAAAUUAGUUCGAGGCCAGUUGUGUCAGAUAAUAGGAGUUGAUGAAAAGAAUGGAAUAAAGUUUCCAGUUUUCAGUGAAGGUUCCGGUACCGUGUAUGAGUAUGAAAAUCCUACAAUAAAGAAUAUAGCACUGCAUCCACUACUCAGGGAUCCCUGGGAGGAUACUAAGGUUUAUGUUAAAGUAUCUAAUCUACCACAAGGUGGAGAGGGACUUUUUGCAAAGAAAGAUAUUGAACACAGAGAGAUUGUUGCUCUAUACAAUGGAAUAAAGAUAAAGACCUGCACUUAUGCUAGUGAACAUAUGCCCCGAUCAGAUUAUAGAAUAAGAUUAAAUGGAGAUAUUGAUAUGGAUAUUCCAUUCGGAUACCAUACCAUAGAUCAAUACUGUGCCACAUUAGCCCACAAGGCGAACCAUACAUUUCUUCCUAACGUUGAAUGGACUCUAUAUGAGCACCCGAGGUUUGGUUUAAUUCGCUCCCUGACUGCUCAGAAACCAAUCAAGAAAGAUGAAGAAAUUUUAGUAAACUACCAGAUGUGUCUAGCUAAAUCUCCUGAGUGGUACCGUGUUGUGUGGAUUCAUCAUAUGCGUAAAAUAAAGCGCGGAGACGAUACAGCGAUCCAAAGGUAUAUAGAUAGACAGUAUGAACUGCAGGGGUACAGAAUACCAUUACCAGACUCAGAGGAGCUAAAUGUACCAGACCCGGUUGGUGUAGAUCUAUCAACAAUGCCUGAGGAAUAUCUUUCAGAAGAUUUACUCACUGAGGAAGCUUCUGUCAAAUAUGCAAAGGCAAAGGCUGGGCUCAGUGAACAGGAAGGGAACGAACCAAGGAUUACUGAAAUAGAAGAUGAAGAAAUAGAGCUUCUUGAUCCACAGUAGAUAACAUCAAGACAUUUAUGGAAAUUAAAACUUUAAAAAU